AUGUGUGCAUUAGGUGCUCGAUUUUACGCUCUCGACUACAGUGAGACGUUCUCGCCCUUGACAAAAGAUCUGAUACAGUCAGCGGGAAGUCAGUGGGCCAAAGCUGCUGAGGAGAUGUUCUUCGCUGAUUACAGCACUAUCUCCAUCACCAAACUCAAGGUCUUGGUUUUGCUCCACGACCAGGAAGCCCGCAACGGCAACUAUGCUGGCUCUUUUCUUCUUACCGGUCUUGUUAUACGCAUGGCGCACGCUCUCCAACUUAACAACGAAGUAUCGCCAGACGUGCUUUGUAAAGAGCUAGGGGGAAGUCCAAACGAAAUAUCUGUAAGGGAGUCUCGUAGGAGGCUCAUGUGGGCGUGCUACAUGAUUGACGUCUGGGCUGGUAGUGGCGUCGACCACCUUACUAUACUCAAUGAAAGAGACCUCAAGAUCCAGCUGCCUUGCAACGAGCGUCAAUUCUCACUACAGAUACCGUGCGUUACGGAAAGGCUCGAGAGAGGUACGCUACUAGAGUUCAUGCCUCCAGAAGAUAUUCCGGAGAAGCCGUCGGACAACUUGGGCAUGGCUGCGUACUAUGUACGCAUUGUCAGUAUCUGGCGACGGGUCUUACGAUUCGUGAAGCACAUGGACGAAGAGCAACCGCCUUGGCUUCCAGGGUCGGGAUUUGCCGUUCUCAUCGAGGACAUACAGUCGUGGAAGCAAAGCCUUCCAUCCUGGCUAGACUUUUCGGCGGACAACAUCUACAUCCGACGAGAGACCCAUCAGCUAGGUGCACUCCUUCUCAUCCACUGCAUGUACCAUCACGUUAUGUGCGACGUACAUCGGAUCGCUCUCCCUGACCUGUUCAAAAACCAAGAACCCUUCGUUUUCCCUACUGAUCAGCAGGCUUUCGUCAGUCAUCUACAAGAUGUCUGCUUUGAGCAUGCGCAGCGUAUGUCGGUACUGGUCUCACAUAUACUUCAGCAUGGUGUCAAACAUUUUGCGGACUCUAUUCUACCAUCUUUUGUUUACAAUAGUAGUCGCAUCAUGCUCUACUACAUCGCUCGGAUCCUGGAUGUAUCAAAGCCGGACGCAGGAACUGUCAUUGGCCGUACAGUCGAGCUAGUGCAGUACAACAACCGAGCGCUGCGGGAAAUGGCGUUCAUGUACCCGCUUGCUGAGUCGUUAUGUAUCACUUCCGAGCGCUGGCUCGAGACUGUACGCGACAGUCUUGCUCGCGGUCAUUCAGCUGACUAUAUCGCGCCCCAGGAUCCCUCCGAGAACGAAGCGCGGCGCAUUGUUGGCGCUCCUGCGCCGAUGGCGGGUACUCCUAGGCAACGAAAUGCGGCCCUCUCGGUCAUUCCUCCGGUCGAAGAGAUACUUUCGGCAACUUCCCCUUCAACUCUCCGGACGGCUGCUACUCGCUAUCCGUUUUCAGCGCCAACCACUGAUCAUGGUUCAUCUACGGUUACAUCAGGCCAGGCCAUGACUUCACCAUCCCAGAACGCGGUAGGGCCAAUAUAUUCUUCCCCCAAUGCAACUACUGGUUUUGAACAGCCCAUGUUCAAUCUCGAUGAUCUACAGAACUUUUUCGGUUGGGAAGCAAGUGACGAUGAGAAUGCGCAAUCGACUGGAUUUGAAGGCUUUGGUCCUCUAGGAUGGGCAAACAACUUCUCUAUCAUGUGA